GCAACAGCACGAAGAUGGCGAAGGUUGGAGAGAGCGGAGAACAGUCCUUCUCCUCUGGCCAGGAGGACGCUGAUCAUAAGAAAGACUUUAAUGUGGAAAAUUUGAGCAAGCCAGAACUACGAUUCCUUUUAAGUAUACUGGAAGGAGAAUUAGAAGCAAGAGACCUUGUGAUAGAAGCCUUGAGGGCACGAAAAAAGGAUGUUUUUGUUCAAGAAAGAUAUGGAAGGUUUAAUCUUGGUGACCCCUUCCUGGCGCUUCAGAGAGACUUUGAAGCAGGAACCUUUGACAAGGAGAAAAAACCCAUAUGCAACAAUCCUCUUACCAUCUUGGAAGCUGUCAUGGCUCACUGCCGAAAAAUGCAAGAGAGGAUGACUGCUCAACUGGCUGCUGCCGAAAGAAGGCAAAGAAAGCUGGAAGCAGAGAAAACUCAGCUACAGAAUUUAGAACAAGAACACAAGAAGCUAUUGGCCCGUCUUGAAGAAGAACGUGCUAAAAAUAAACACGUGGUUCUUAUUCUGGUUAAGGAAUGCAAACUUUUGUCUGGUAAAAUUGCAGAAGAAGCCCAGAAUCUUGAGGAGGCAUUGUCAAAACUAGAAGCAGAAAAGAAAAAGGGUGCCGAGCUGCAAGAAGCACUUGCUACUGAAAAACAGCGCCGGUCCCAAAUGGAAGCACAGAUGGAGGCUCAAAUUGAAAAACAACUCUCUGAGUUUGAUGCAGAAAGAGAGCAUCUCCGUGCCAAGCUAUGUCAAGAAGAAGUACACACCAAAGAAUUGCAAGAUGAAAUCGACCGAAUGAAGAAAAUAAUCGAGCAAUUAAAGUUGUCAAAAGACACAGAGAGUAAAGCAAACCUUCCAUUUCUUAACAAAAAUAAAGACAAACACCCUGUUCCUGUAGGUAUUGGAUACCGAUCUGUUUCUUGCCAAACAAACGCUGUACUCCUAGACAGUGACUCUGAAAGUACAAAAAAAUCUCCCUUAACUAUACCGACCAAACCUUCAAUAAUUAACCAUGUCAUAGCAGGAAACACGAAAAUAAGUGUAUGUGCCAAUUCAGCAUUUGUAAAACCAGGUUCAGAUAGGCAAAGUGCUCAUAAUGAAACAGUAACAGGUCUUCCCACAACUCAUAUAGUGUCCUCUAGCAGGACAGAAGAGAAUGGAUCAUCAUCAGAUCUGACAGGCAGUGCCACUCUCUAUCCAAAUAGUCCAUUAUGUACCUCCCCGGCAUCACCAAACUAUUUGUCUCAGUCUAUGCAGAGCUUACACUCACAAUGUCCCAACACCCCCAUUAAUUCCGGUCUGAGUCCCCGCAUUCAGGCGGCAAAGUUCAAAUUUCAGGCUAAUGCCAACGAACAUGACCAAAAUGGAAAUACAACAUCUCAAACGAGAGAACUCUGUCCCACCAGCCGUGAUAACGUGGUGACCAAACAAAUGGCAAGAAAUACUGUGACCCAAGUUCUUUCAAGGUUUACAAGUCCUCAGGGUGGUGCUCAACUGAGGCCUGGAUACUCGCAUCCUAUGGAAACUGGCACCUAUCCUCCUGUAGCGGGACGUUUAGGUCAUCCAUCACAUGCUUUAAAAUCGGGUUCAAGAGUUGAUAGAGGCAACCCUCCACCGAUCCCUCCAAAAAAGCCUGGACUUUCACAAACUCCUUCUGUACCACACCCUCAGCUAAAAGCACCACCAGGUGUAGGGGGGAAAGGUGAUAACAAACCAGUAACUUCUGCUCCUUCCAGUUCUACUCAUGGAAUCAGGGUAUUGCACGAGGAAACUGUAUCUAAAUCUUCCUCACCUCAACUGCCACCAAAACCAUCUAUAGAUGUACCUGCAGCAUCUGCAGGCUGUGUCAUACCAGCCAUAGGCACAUCACAGGUGGGUGCUUGGCCUCCCCAGUCCCCUGGAUGGAACGAGCCUGCAUGUUCAGAAAGUUCCCUUGUCAUUCCCACAACCAUUGCCUGUACCUCCUCCAUAAUCCCUGUUAGUGCAUCAUCCUGUAGACCAUGUGAUUCAGACAGCCUCCUGGUAACAGCAUCAGGCUGGUCUCCCUCCCUAACCCCUUUGCUAACAAGUGGUGGUCCUGUUCCCCUGGGAGACAGGUCCACCCUUCUUCACCAAGCUGCUGCCCAGGGAAACGUCACUUUAUUAUCAAUGCUGCUUAACGAAGGACUGGAUAUCAACAACUUAUAUAAAGAUGGUCAUUUUGCCUUGUAUUCUGCUGCUGCGAAUGGACAUUCAGACUGUGUAAAGUUGCUGCUGAUGUCUGGAGCACAAGUCAAUGCUACUGUUUCAAAUGGCUUAACUGCCUUAUGUACAGCAGCUGCUCAGGGACAUUCCAAAUGUGCAGAGGUCUUAAUUGCAUUCAAUGCAGACAUCAACCAUGAUGAUGGAGGACAGACCCCUUUGUAUCUGGCUUGUAUAAAUGGACAUUCAGAUAUUGUUAAACUGUUGCUUGAAGCUGGAGCUGACCAAAGCAUUACAUCAAAUGAUGGCUGGACACCAAUUCAUGCAGCUGUGGAUUGUGGAAAUGUGGACUGUCUCAAACUGCUUAUGUAUUAUGGUGUUACCACUGAUGGAAGCCACCUAAAUGCAGUACCUAAUGGCGACACUUCUGAUUUAAAGAACAAAGAGUACAGUUCUUGCAAAACAAUCAAACCUGCCAUUUCAUCUGCCCUGCUCAACUAUGCAGAUAGAGAAGGAUGGACACCUGCUCAUAUUGCUGCAUCUAAAGGCUUUAAGAACUGCUUGGAAAUUCUAUGCAGCCAUUUUGGCCUUGACCCAGAAAAACAAGAUAACUGCAACCGUACUGUUCACGAUGUGGCCACAGAUGACUGUAAACAGCUCCUGGAGAACUUCAACUCCUUCAGGAUUCCCGUUAGGAUUUUGCUGAAUGAGAACAUACAGGUCUGCUAUAGUACAGAUGAGUCUGAAAGUGAGGAAAUCUGUUCCGUACGCAUUCAUAAACACACGUCGUGGGAUGAUUUUUCGCUGCUUGUGAAUCGGGCCGUUUCUAACCAUUUCAUGUCCGUGCUUUCCGAUUCAUGGGAUAGUCGAGAAGACCUGACGUCUAACAACACUAGUGAAUCCUGCAUUGGCCUGUCAAUCAGUGACCUGUCAUUCAAACUGGGAAAUACAUCUUGGGCAAUUGGUCAGAUUUUUCUCCAGUCUCCAUGGGAAUUCCUUAAGAUGAGCAAAGUGGAGCAUAUAUCUGUUUUAGUACCGGGUCCAAAGGAUGGUUCUCUUAAUGGUGUGGCUUAUGCAUCCAUGAUCCCGAUUCAGACACUACAAAACUUCCUCCGUCUGGUUGAACAGUAUCACAAUGUGAUCUUCCAAGGCCCAGAGGGAAGCUUCCAAGAGUAUAUAGUGGAGCAGCUGGCCCAAUUCAUGAAGCAAAAGGAAGAUAUCACUGGCUUUAAGUGUGACAUUGUCAAGGUAGAAGUGGAUGGUGACUUGUCCAGGGAGCAGCUUGUAGAUGUAUUCAUCAAUUCAGCUUGCUUGAUUCCAGUUUCUGAGCUGCCACCAGCAAAAAAGAAAACCAUUAUCAUUCUGCGGAACCUAGAAAAGACCUGUAUUUCAGAAUUACUUGGGGACUUAAUGGCACCUUUGGAGAAUCGUGGUUGUGAAAAUCCAUAUUCUGUUCAAAGAGCAAAUGGCUUGUCUGAUAGCUAUUAUUUCCAUGAAGAUUGCUUUUUAAUGGGGACUGUUGCUAGAUCCAGACUGCAAGGAUCAGAGUUACUUGUUCAGCAGCAUUUCCGCUGGGUUCAACUAAGGUGGGACGCAGAGCCCAUGCAAAGUGUGCUCCAGAAGUUCUUGAAAAGGAAAGCUCUAUUUAAGUUCCGAGGUAAAAUGCCAACCCCAGGCGAUCCUGUUUGUAAAGGCAUUGACUGGAUAUGUGCUGUGUGGUACCAGUUGAACUCCUGCUUGUCCAGACUUGGUACCCCAGAUGCUCUGCUUGGACCACAACAAUUCCUGUCUUGUUCGAUAGUCCCGGGAAAUGCACACAUAAUAGUGAAAUGGCUGUCAAAAUUGUGGAAUGCAGUCAUUGUUCCCAGAGUCCAAGAAGCAAUACUCUCCAUAGCAACAGUCAAGAGACCAUCUAGUCACACCACAACCACUAAAGCUCCAAGCCAAGGUCAACAGGCAGUUGUGAAAGCUGCUCUCAGCAUCCUGCUCAAUAAAGCCGUUCUACAUGGAUGUCAUCUCUCCGGAAAUGAUUUAGAGCAAUACAUAGCAGAUUUCAAAGGAGGGCACUUCCCGAUGUCAAUGAGUUCCACCUACAAGCCUGGAGGGAAGAAAAACUUAGAGAAUGGAUCCUGGAGAAAAGUCAGCACAAGUCCUCGUAAAAAAUCAAGCCAUUUGGCAUCAUCAUCCUGGUGUAAGCCAGAAAGGAAGCAAGCAGGUGGUGCAUUGGACAAUACGAACAAACAAGGAAGCAUGGUAUCUGAAACAAAAAAGCCUUUUGAAAGUAACCAUCCUAGAAACCUGAAAAGUGAACAAAGGUUAUCCAAUGGUUCAGAUGAUGAGGUGGACCUUGUGAAGGAGUUGCGUACCAUGUGUUCCAGCAAGUCAGAACCAGACAUUAGCAGGAUUGCUGAUUUGGAUAAUUGUUUAGUAAUAUUUAAAAGUCACACUAAUGACCAGCAUUCAGCACAAAUUAACAAAGCAGAUUUCAAAAAGCCACAUAAAGAUGAGGUCAGUCCUCCCAGCAGCAACGAUACAUCAGAAUCCAGCAGCCAGAAACCAAAACCAGAUCAUGGUGUUUCAAAGGCCAAGUCCUUACUCCCCGUACCAAGGAAAGCCAAUCCCUGUGGUACAUCCAGCAGGAAAAGCAGCAGCAAUACAAGGCAAACCGCCAAUAACAAUGACUCUAAAGAUGACAUUUGGAGUCACACAAACACGGAUCUAAACAAACCUAACAAAUGUGGAGUUUGUAUCAUUGUGUUCUUAGUUAGAGCGGAGCAACCUGUGGACCUUCGUUUGCUGUGUGAUUAUUGCUACCAUCACGGGUGGCCUUGAAUAAUGAAGUCCAACAGCAAGAGGUCCAUAGGUUGCCCACUCUUGCUUUAGCCUUUCAAUGCAGGUGACCCCAAAGCACAUGAUUUGCUAGCAAUGCAUUGUGGGUUGUUUUAGCAGCUAAGGAAUUCAUUUUCAUGUAUAGAAAAUCCAUGUAAAUAACAAAUUAAGGUGUCUCCCUGUAUUAUAGUAUGUAUAUGGGGGCAUAAAUAGUUUAUAUGUAAAUAUGUUUAUAACAUAUUGAUGUAAGUUGUUAUAUGAAAUAUUUCUUUGGAAGAUGUAUGAUUUUACCCAGAAAAAUGAUUACUAGUAUUAUUUAUAAUGGAAAGCUUCUCAUGGCAAAUGUUUCGAAAAACAAAGUCGUGGACAAUUCUGACAAGCGAUGUGUAGGAAUAUUUAAUUCACGUUUGGUAUUGUAUGGUCUAAACCUUGUACAGUAUUGAUUCACAAAAAAUUAACAUGAUCUAGUAUUAAAGUAUUUUUGGGGUAUUUAAAGUUCUGCAAUCACAAAUAUGCUUCACAGCAAUAAAAAUCAAACCCAUGAAAGAUACAAUUAGUGCACCUUUUUAUAAAAGCCAUAUAGAAUCUGUAGACUGUUCCUCUGGGUAGCCAGAAGAGAAGUUUGCUUCCCAUAUAGUACAUAUCCUGCCCUUUUGUUGCUUGGUGUAUUUAUGUUUGCUGCUUUUUUAUAUCUGUAGCAAAAUGUUUCCUAAUGCAAUAAACACAAUUACGCACAAA